AUUGAACCGAGUCAAUCACAAGUGGUUCAAAUUAAAGCUGCAGAGAUCAUUUCUUCUGACAAGUUCCGCACUGGCUGUACUUUACGGUUUCCUCGUCUCGAGCGUGUGAGGGAUGACAAACUUUGGUACGACUGCAUGGACUUGGAGCAGCUGGCUACGGCUCAAUCAAUGGGAGAAGGUCGACUCACACAUCAACAUCUUGGGCUGGAUGACGCGUAUGGUGGUGGACCGCCGCAGAAGAAGAUCAAGGCUAGUGUGAGGUUGCCACGUAAGAGAGGAGUAGCAUCUCAAUUCCAGCCUGCAGACAUCUCAACGGUUACUCAGGUGUCAAAGAUGUUUGCUGGAUUAGAGUUUUGCAUCGUCAACGGUCCAUCUGGCCACCCAAAAGCCAAAUUAGAAAAGUCAAUUGCUGAGCAUGGAGGAUCGUUUGUCCAAAGUCCAGGACAAGACACAUUCUGUGUUGUGGCCGACAAAUUGACUGCUAGAGUUAGAAACUUCAUCAGUGCUAAACAACAUGACGUCGUGAAAGCUGAUUGGCUCCUACAGUGCUUGGAGUUCGGGUCUCGUGUGAAACUGUUGCCGAGUCACAUGCUGCACACUUCUGUGAUGACGGCAGCAAAGUUUGCUGAAGACUUUGACGAAUAUGGCGACAGUUUUGCUGACAAUGUCGACGAGAAACAACUGAGGACAAUAUUUGAUCAUAUUGACACAGACAGUGUACAUGAAAUAACAAGCCGAGAACUUGCCAAAAUGGAGGAAAAGUACUUCCCUGGACCAUCAGUUUACCGUAUUUUUAGGCACCUCAAAUUUUACUUGGAUCGCUUUUCACUCGUCAAUGAUGCUACGACUGGAAUUGUGAACUCAUCACUGGACCUCGUUUCAUUGGACAUUCAAAACCACGCUGGCACAGUGUGCAACAGUCUGGAUGACGACGUCUCUCAUGUUGUGUUCGAUUCAAGUGACUUAUCACGACUGCAAGCAAUCGUGGAUAUCAACCAUGAACGCAGUGUGAAGUUCCAUUGUGUUACUCAUCGCUGGGUGCAAGAAUGUAUCGAACAAGGAGCACUACGGAAUGAAGCACAGUUUACAGAAGGUCUAGUUUUCUAACAUUUUUGCUUUAGUUUAUUUGAGACAUUUUUUCUUUUUUGUGUGUGAAAUUAAUACCAUAAUUGGUGGUGAAAUACUGUUAUGCAUUAAUUUGAAAUGUGUUUAUUG